AUGGAGGUUGAUUGGAAUAAAUAUAAGUAUUUGCAACUCUAUAAAAAGUAUAGCUCUUCAUCUGCUAAGAAGUUUUCUACAGUGGUUGACAAAAUACUAAGCUAUAUACCCCUCGUUCUCGACUCUCCACAAAACCAUUCACACAACAAUAACUCUGCUAUCGUUGUAGGCGGCACUAUGCAAAAUAUUAAUUCCACUCAUAUUCAAAGUACUAAGGGAAUGUCUGAUGAAAAUAAAGAUACCACAAGAAAAACAGACGAAGAUUUACCAAAGGAGGCCGCGCUUCCAUCCGAUCAGAAGGUGGACAUGGAAAUCACCGAUGACCACAAGGGUGGCUUGAAAAGGAAAUACAACGAAUGCUCGGGGGCAGAUAUUCAACAGUUCAACUCCUCAGAUUCCACAGAAUCCUCGGAAAGCUUCGCCUCAGACCUGAUCUUCGAUAUGAAGUACUGCAGCCUGCAGCUGCCCAUACCUCCGGAGUUGUACCAGGAGGAGGACUACACACUAGAAACGAACGUAUCGCCCUCAAUAACGGAGUAUGACAUUUGCUACGACGAGGACCUGGCCAGCAACUACGUGAUGGUCGAGCCGUUUCGAUUCUUGAGCAAGGUGCACGUCACCUUCGACAAGGAAUCCGGAGAGCAGUGGUGCUGCUGCUACUACGACGCCAAGGGGAACUACACGAGAAAGAGGUUUAAGACCUCGGUUAUCGCAUUCGACACAGCAAAGAUGCUCGCGAGUCGGUGCCGGGAGGCCGCAGAAAGGUCGUUCCACAAAAUAUGGAUCCUGAAACACAAGAAUCUGCUGAACAGACCAAUUCCGGAGAACCUGACGGACUCGUUCAUGCUGGUUGUGAAUAAGAUUAAGGAUUGCUUGGCCAGGGAGCACUGCAUGGUCUGCUGUGUGGACAAAAUCAGGGAAACUUUGCACUCAGCACACAAGCAUGAUUAA